CGUGUAACGCCCCCUACAGGCACAGGUCUGCACAGACCAGUAGUUUGUAAACGGAGGAGAGGAGGCGUGUGACGCUCCACCACCAUCGUCUUUACCCAACCGAGAACAACCCCAGUGUGUGUCGGUGGUCAAUAAAACAGCAGCCGUGCCCCGCCGCGCCCCCACCCCCAGCGGAGCCGUCAUGUGGCAGGAGGCCCGCAAACAUGAGCGCAAGCUCCGUGGCAUGAUGGUAGACUACAAGCGCCGAGGCGAGCGCCGGCGAGAAUACUACGAGAAGAUAAAAAAAGAUCCAGCUCAGUUUCUCCAGGUGCAUGGCCGAGCAUAUAAGAUUCAUCUAGAUCCUGCUGUGGCGCUGGCUGCAGAGAGCCCCAUCAACAUGAUGCCAUGGCAAGGAGACGCCAACAACAUGAUUGACAGGUUUGAUGUGAGGGCUCACCUGGACUACAUCCCCACCUACACACCUCCACUGCUCAGCACAUCAACCCCAGAGCAGGAGAUGGAGGAGAGGAAGUGUAACUAUGAGCGUUACAGAGGCCUUGUGCAGAACGACUUUGCCAACAUCUCCGAGGAGCAGUGUUUAUACCAGAUCUACCUGGAUGAGCUCUAUGGUGGCCUGCAGAAACCAAAUGAGGAAGAGAAGAAAAAGCUGGCUGAGAAGAAGGCCACCAUUGGUUACACCUAUGAAGACAGCACUGUGACAGAGCCUGAACCCCAGUCAGACAAAGAUGAGGAAAAUUCAGAGAACAGUGAAUCUGAAGAGGAUGAGGGCAUCCCAGAUAUUGAUGUGGAGGUCGAUGUCGAUGAGCUGAACCAGGAGCAGGUGUUGGACCUAAACAAAAUGGCGACCCCAUAUGGAAUGGCUGAAGGAGACUUUGUCAGGAUGUUGAGGAAAGACAAGGAGGAAGUGGAGGCGAUCAAACAUGCCAAGGCCCUGGAGGCGGAGAAGGCCAUGUACUCUGGCCGGCGUUCUCGCAGACAAAGGAGAGAGUUCAGAGAGAAGAGGCUAAAAGGUAGACAGAUCAGUCCACCAAGCUACGCCAGGAGAGACAGCCCAACGUACGAUCCCUAUAAACGGCCAGAGUCAGAAUCCAGCUCUGAGUCUCGGUCACGUUCUCGGUCUCCCGGUCCAGAGAAGAUCACCUUCAUCACCAGCUUCGGAGGCAGCGACGACGAAGCUGCAGCAGCAACUCAAACUACCGCUCCUCACUCUGGCCACGCCCCCUCCAACUUGCAGCACCCUGCAGGUCAUAGCAGGGGCUCCCGGAGACGAAGGUCAUCCUCCAGUCGUUCCCCUUCCUCCUCCUCCCGCUCCUCAUCCCGCUCCUCCUCUCGCUCAUCUUCCCGUUCACGUCGAGCCCGACGAGGACGGGGGGGUGGAAGAGAUGGUCGUCGUUCCCGGAGCCGCUCGAGGUCGAGGCGGCGUUCGAGAUCUCACUCCAGAGGCAGAGGAGGGAACGGAGGAGGUGGAUCCUGGAGGAGACGCGACUGGACGCGAUCGCGGUCCAACGACCGAGAUAGAGAGCGAGAAAGGGACAGGGACAGAGACAGGGACAGGGACAGGGAUAGGGAUAGGAGACGAUAUUCAGCACGCAGGCGAACAAGGUCCCGUUCCAGCUCACGGCAGGGGGGCAGUUCCAGGCGAGGGGGCCGGAGCAGUGGAGGCCACCGGCGAGGAGACAGCGGCAGCCGCAGCCCCUCUCAGUCCCCCAGCCGCCCAAACCACAGUCCCUCCCCUGCUCACAGAGGAGCCCAGCCCUCUACCACCACCAUCUCUGACAAGCUAAGAAAGCCUGAUACUGCGGGUGGUAAAGAGACGGGAGCUGCCAAACCCAAGAUGACCCCACAGGAGCGGCUGAAGCUACGAAUGCAGAAGGCACUAAAUAAGCAAUCCAAGGCGGAUAAAAAAGCUGCUCAGGUGAAGAUCCAGCAGCAGGAACACAAACGACAGGAACGCGAGGGAGAAUUACGAGCCAUGGCACGCAAGAUACGCAUGAAGGAGCGUGAGCGCCGUGAGAAAGAGAGGGAUGAGUGGGAACGACAGUACGGGCGACAGAGCCACUCGCCUUCUCCUUCCAAAUAUGGCCGAGAAUACAACUCAUACAGAAGGAGGUCACGGUCUCGAUCACGAAGUCCGUACUACAGAUACUGAGCCGACAGCUGGAAAAUAACAUCUACAGUCACUGUCCAGUAAAGAAGAUAUGAACAGACCAACCGACCAAUCUAAAUGUGUGUUCUUUGGUACUGUUUAUGUCUACAAAGAAUAAAACCUUGACCAUGAUACCUUAGUUUCACUAAUUACAUCUCUGAGUGGUUCAACCAAGCGCAGUUUGGUCUGCCCUUUUCAGUUUUGCUUCAUCUUGUGAAGAUCGUCUGAUUAAAUAAGUUUCUUCUCCUCUGCAUGCUCCUUUUUUUCCUUUCCUGCCUGAACUCUUCUCACUGCAGACUUCUUCUGCAGACAUUUGCAUUUCUUCAAAGUAUGUGAUACAGAGCAAUAACUAAACUUUCACCUUAUGUCAUCAAUGUUCUCCCACAUUUUACUUUAGCAAGAAAAUACACUAAGGACCGUUUUACACAACCCUCAUGAACUGAUGUACAGGAUUAUUUAUACACAUCCAUUUGAAACUUGUUUAUGAAACGUUGAAGUCAAAGUUCCUACAUUUAUUGAAACAAUCAACUGCUCUUUUUAUACUCUCUGCCCUCUGCCAACUGGUUAACAACCGCAAAUAACUUCUUUGUUCUCAGUAAUGUGGAAUGUUAAAUACAGAACAGAAAAUAAAACUGACUUUGAAAUUA